UGGCUGAGUGUUUCUCUUGGUUGUUGAGGUUUUUGGUUAACAAUUGAUCUUGUGUCUAAUUAGGUCCUUGGUGUUUGUUUGUUUUGUUUUUGUAUAAAGAAGUACCAUUAUUAUCUGCAUCUUAUAUUUCUUAUAUUUGUGAAUAUUUGGACCCACAAUUAUUGGUAAAAAAUGUCUUUUCCACCUCCCAAUCACUUUUUGUCAAAUCUUUCAGCAAUGGCAUCUCUAAUGAAUUUAACUCCUAAUCAAUAUCAAAUGACGCCAAUGAGUGGUAUCAUGCAAAUGCCUAUGGUCCCUGGUUUACAAAUUCCUCAUAUGACCGCUUCUGCCCCACCCGGUGUAACAACCAUUUCUGCACCACCAAUGAGAAAAGUGACCCAGGAUACACCUCCUAUUCUUGGGGUAAAUCAAUUACCUAUUACAUCCCCAUUCAUUUUUCCGCCUUUGGCUCCAACCUCUGCAGGUGUAGGUGCUGUUACUGGUGUUGUAUCUACAGGGUCUAUGAAUUCAUCUAAAUCUUUAAGUGGCUCUUCAAUGUCUCAUCAUCAUCAUCACCAUCAUCAUAAUAAUUCAUCUAAUUCUAUGAACAAACAUAGGCCAGUGUCAAAUGGGCCGAGUAUAACUGUUUUUGUUGGUAAUAUAACUGAAAGAGCGUCAGAUAUGUUGAUACGUCAAUUAUUAUCCAAAUGUGGAGCUGUAAUCAAUUGGAAACGAGUGCAAGGAGCUAAUGGUAAACUUCAAGCGUUUGGAUUUUGUGAAUAUGCAGAUCCAGAAUCAGCAAUGAAAGCCAUUAGACUACUUCAUGAUUUUGAAGUCGCUGACAAAAAAUUAGUGGUCAAAGCUGAUGCAAAGACACAAGAAAAAUUAGACAAUUAUUUGAAAGAAAAGAGUCCAAAAGGGAGUAAUUCCAAUGGAGAAGGUGACCCUGAAACUAUUGCCGAAGAUAAAGAAUUAUUGUAUCAUUUGCAUGGAAUCCUUAAAGAGCAUGAAAUUGAAUUAUCUCGUGAUCCUGAUCCAAAUAAAGCACAGUCUCGACGCUACGAUAAACGAACUGGAGAACCUGCAAAGCCUGAAAAUUUAGCCGAUAUGGACAUGGAAGAAGAAAAAAGAUCACUAAUUCAUAGAGAAAUUGAUAAGUUCAGAGAUACCUACAAGAUCGCUGAGAAGGAAAAGAAAACAUCUGAACGAGAAACGAAAGAGUCCAAAUCUGGUUCUGACUCUAGACGACUUGAUGAUCAAAACGAUUCACGUUCAGAUGAUCGAUAUUCUCGUGAAAGAUCAGUUGAAGUGGAUUCAGCAAAUUCCCGUAGAGAGAAACAAAAAGAAAGAACCCCGAUGUCUAAAGAAUCCAGAUCUCGUAACCGUGAUCGGUAUGAUAGAGAAAGAAAUGAACGUGGUGAUCGCAUGUCCAGAAAUGAUCGAGACCGGGACAGAGAGCGUGAACGUGAUAGAGAUCGAGAACAGGAACGAGAACGAGAUCGUGAACAACGUGAUCGGGAUCGUGAACGAGAACGUGAGCGUGAACGGGACAUGGAGCGUCGCAGAGAAGAAGAGAAUGCACAUAAUGAAAGGAUAAUUGAAGAUGACGAAGAACUUCAAGAAAGACGUCGCCUUGACAGAAAAUUAAGAGAUAAAGAGGCUUCUUACCAAAAGCGAUUAAGGAACUGGGAAGCGAGAGAAAUGCGAAAACUCAAAGAUUAUAAAAAAUACGAAAUGAAACAAGAAAUGAGAAAAGAAGAAGAAGUCAAAGAAGUUCGUAAAUUGAAACAAUUCCUUGAAGAUUAUGAUGACGAUCGUGACGAUGCAAAAUAUUACAAAGGCAGUGCUCUAUCUCGUAGAUUACGAGAACGAGAAAAGGAAAAGGAAGACGACGUUCGAGAUCGCCGACAAGAGAAACGUGAACUGGAAGAGCUUCGUCGUAAAUUAAUCGAAGAAGGUCACCCUGACCCUGAGAGUGAAGCUCAAAAACGUCUCAAUUCUUGUGAUAAUAAUAGAGAUCGAGAUAAAAUAGUCAACAACAAAGUAGGUGAGCUCUCAGACGGUGAUAUUAAAGUAAAAGGAAAGAAGGCUGAUGAUGAAAAUAGUCUCUCUGGUCUCUCUGAAAACACCAGUCGAAGUGAAAUGCAUGUUAAAUCGUUCACAUUCACCGGUAUUAAUAAGAUGGGCCAUGGACCCAAACAACCUGCAAAUCCGAUUCUCAUUAGUCCUUCUGGUGAAAACUCUAAUCCAGGAUCAAAUGGUGAAAAGAGAAAGAAAUUCUCCGUGCAAGAUGUUUUCAAUUCAAACGAUGACGAUGAUAAUUCAAGUAGGAUCAAAAAGCGUAAGCUGCCCCAAUUAACCGAUGAUAACACCGAUAGUAACCAAAGUUUAUUAAGUGGUACCAAUAAGUCAGCAGCUUCUUUAAACGUUGGUGAAAAUGGUGCUAAAAUCAAUUUAUCAACAGAGGAGAAAAAGAAGCAAGUUAAAUCGUUAAUUGAAAAAAUUCCAACUACAAAAGAUGAUCUAUUUCAAUAUACAAUUGACUGGACACUGGUUGAUCAAAAUUUAAUGGAAAAACGUAUUCGCCCUUGGGUUAACAAAAAGAUAACUGAAUAUAUUGGUGAAGAGGAACAAGCACUUUUGGAUUUUAUUUGUACUAAACUUCAAACCAAAACUUCAGCUCAAGGUAUAUUGGAUGAAGUUGCCAUGGUUCUUGACGAUGAAGCUGAAGUGUUUGUGGUCAAAAUGUGGAGACUAUUAAUUUAUGAAAUCGAAGCCAAGAAAAUAGGACUAGGAAAAUGAAAAAAUCAUCUAAUCAUAAUUUAAGUUGAGAAAAUUGACGUUUUUUGAAUCCAUGCAACUCAUCCCAAGAUUUAUCCCAAAAAAAAUAAAAAAAUGAUCAUAUGAUAUAAAUGAUACGAUGAUGACCCAACGAUUUCGGUAAAAGCUGAUGAAAAUCCCAUCAAAGGAAAUAGCAGAUUAAGUAAGCGUCUAAACUAUUAUCUCAUUCUUAACAGGUAAACCAAAAAAAAUCUACAAACAAACAUAUCUCACAUUUUAAUUUGAUUGAGAUUUUGAGUAUAGAUCAAUUUGAUUAUAUUUUUCUAUUCUACAUUCAUUCAAGACAGAAAAUGAAAAAAAACCCAAAACUUUACAAUCAACCUUUUUAAAGUCAAAUGAUAAAAUCCACAGUUCGCUUGCAAUCACACCUCCUUAAUUGUAAAUCAUCAUCUUAAUUCCAGUUAUUAUAUUUCAAACGAAAAAGAGUCAAAUCAAUAUCUCACGUUUGAUUAACUUAAUCUGUGGGAAUUUAAAAUUACAAUAAUAUCGUACCAAUUCAAUGUCAUGAAAAGACAAUAUGAUCGUUUAAAUUAUCAACAAUCAAAUGAAAAAAUCUAAUCCAAAUUGUAAACGUUUAGAAAUUUUGUCUUUGAUUGAUUGAGAUUUAAUUACGUUCCUGAUUAACUUUUACCAAUUUCCAUUCACCUUCAUCAUACUUCCCUAAUUCCCCAAACAUAAUCGCUAUUCAAUUACAUCAAAUCAAUCAAUUCUUUGAGGCUGAUCGAUUGAGCUAUUGAAGAAAAUAGAAAUUUAAUUUUAAUGCAGAGAAAAUUUAAUUAGCAACAAUUAACCUUUUACAUUUUGUAUGUGUGUAGUAGAGAUUACAAAUAAUUUAAAUUCGUAAAAAAAACAAUCAUAAUUUAACGAUUAAUCUGAUGGUGAUUUUGGUGAUGAAACAAAAUUCCCAGUUGAUCAAAUUAAUUAGCAGGUUUAAUCAAUGAAAUUAUCUUUGAUUCUUUAAUCGUUUCUUUCGUUGAUAGAUUUUCAAUCCGAUCCGAUUUAUUGAUGUUACUUUGAUUGUGAUUAAUUGUUGGUCUCACUGUGAAUCCAGUAUUGAAUUCAAUCCAUUCCUGAGUGUUUGUUAGAUUAUCAAAUUUGUUGAUUGUUGGCUCAAUCUGUUGAUUAAAUUUUUGAUGGACAGUAAAAGAUGUUAACUUAGGCUUAGGAUUAUUAAUUGUUGUCUUGAAACAAUAUAAAUUAAACAGCACUGAUGAGAUUAGACAGAAAUCAAUAGUUGACACAAUUGAGAAAAACAUGAUUUAAUUAUAAUCCACUGGAGAAGGCAAAUUUUCAUGAAUUUUGAAAUUAAUUUACUUAGUCUGAACAGAAUCUCCGAUUAAUCUGAUUAGAAUCAAUAGUAAACUAGAUAAUUUAUAAUACAAUUUACUAAUCAUCUUCACAAUCCCAACUCUUUGUUGAAUCUAAUUGUGAUCUUGAUUUUGACAGAUUAAUUAUUAGGUUGAGUGAAUUAAAGUUGCUCAUUCAUUAAAUCUCUCAAAAUAGAAGCAUGUUGUUCAAAUAUUGAGGUAUUUUCCUAAUUGCUAAUUUGCUAAUUCCUUUCAUUGUCACAGUAAUUUACUAAUCAUUUAAUUAUUAAGUUACAACUAUUGAUUAUCAGAUUUUCAUUCACUUUUUCAAGUUACUCUUGCUUUUUGCUCUCUGUCGACCUUGCCUAUUUUCCUAUUCUGCAGAACUUUUCAUUCAAAAAUUGAUUAUCUAUUAUACAUCGAAAGCCAUUAAUUAAGUUCUGUAAUCGUAAUUGUAGUUGAUUUAAAUUGAGUUCUUUCCACAGGUUAAUUGAAUUUGGAAAUACUUUUCUCAGUUUCUUUUUCUACAACAAGAUGGCGCUUCCAUUUUUCUCUUUUUCUUUUUCCGGAUUUGGUUUUGUUUUCAUCCAUUUCCGAACAUGAGGUCAACUUGAUUCCAUGUUGUUUUCUAAUUGUUAUAAUUAACUAGUUAAUUGUCUUGAUUGUUCCUUUUUUAAUAAUUGAAAGUUCAAUUUAGAUGAUAACGUUGAUUCAUUGGAAAUUGAUCGAUUUCUAAAUUUUUUGGUUUACUCUGAGUGAUUCACACAAAUUGAGUCUCUUUUGUGUUUCCUGUACUGGUACUUUUGUACUGCAUCAUGAUUAAUUUAUUUUUCCAUCUUAAUCAUCUCACAGAAUUUUUAUCAAGCUAUGGUUGAUUAAAUGUCCAAUUCAAUUUUUAUUGAAAAGGUUUAACAUGCUUGAUCUGUAACCACGUGGUUCGCGUUUAAGACUAUGAUUCAAUGGGUGAAAGUGAACGCCGAAAGUCACUUCCAAAGAUCGCGGAAAGUGAAGAUGAAGAUA